AUGUCUGAUAAGAAGAACAGCAGGAAGCGAAAACGCCUCCCAAUGGAUAUGAGAACUCGAGGUCGAAAGAAAAAGAAAGGAGUAGCAAAGAUCGACUAUCUCACCAACAUGCCACCAAAUAUCCUCCUCCGAAUCCUCUCUCACGUUCCGAUGAAGUCCUUCCUCGAUCUCUCCCAAACACACCCACACCUCCGACGGCUUAUGCGCUCCCACGCGUCCACAAUCUGCAACCUCACUAUCCUGGAACGAUUUCGAUUCGAAGCCUACAGAUUCGAGGCAAAGGAGGUUCAGGGCUGGUUGACUCCGACUGCUGGUCUUAUCUGUGGCAAGCCGAGAAAGGACACAAGGUUGGUGGUUCCAGGUCUACAACUUCAGCUUUACGAGCCUGGCCCACAUUUCUUGUUCUUUCUUGAAAAGAAGGUCCUCAAGUUUGACAGCGAAGGAAAGGUGAUUGGGGAUAUGAUGGCAGCUAUUCAAAAGUUCAUGAAUGGGCUGAACGAGGAGACGCCGGUUGUUUACGGUGGACAAGACUAUCCUUGCUGGGUUUGGCUAAGGGAAAUGGUUUGGUAUCACGGCGUUCCUUCAUAA